GGGUUCAAUGUUCUCCCUGGCCUUGAAGUGUCUCAUUAGCCUCUCCACUGCAAUUUUACUGGGGCUGAUCAUUGCAUAUCACACCCGGGAAGUUCAGCUCUUUGUGAUUGACAACGGGGCCGAUGACUGGCGGAUCGCCAUGACUUACGAGCGCAUCCUCUACAUCAGCCUCGAGAUGCUGGUUUGCGCCGUGCACCCCAUCCCCGGCGAAUACAAGUUUUUCUGGACCGCCCGGCUGGCCUUCUCGUACACGCCUUCCCGAGCGGAGGCCGACGUGGACAUCAUCCUCUCCAUCCCCAUGUUCCUCCGCCUCUACUUGAUCGCCCGGGUUAUGCUUCUUCACAGCAAGCUUUUCACGGACGCCUCGUCCCGCAGCAUCGGGGCGCUCAACAAGAUUAACUUCAACACCCGUUUUGUGAUGAAGACUCUUAUGACCAUCUGUCCCGGGACGGUCCUUCUGGUCUUCAGCAUCUCCCUGUGGAUCAUUGCCGCCUGGACAGUGCGCGUGUGUGAGAGGUAUCACGACCAACAAGACGUGACCAGCAACUUCCUGGGUGCCAUGUGGCUGAUUUCGAUCACAUUUCUCUCCAUCGGCUACGGCGACAUGGUUCCGCACACGUACUGCGGGAAAGGCGUCUGUCUGCUCACCGGAAUCAUGGGUUCUCAUUCUCCGGGCUCACGAGCGUCCCUCGUUCUCCGCCUCCCACCCUUCAUCGCCGACGCGGAAUUGGCCCAGAAAAUAGUCAGAAGCGUGCCUCCGCACAGACCAGAGGACGAUGCCCGCCAGGAAUG